CAGGGACUGUCACCGGAAAAGGAGGUCCCGAUCCAGACCCCAAGAGAGGGUUCUUGGACCCCACGCAAGGAAGAAUUCGGGGGAGUCCACUGAGUAAAGUGAAAGCGAGUUUAAUAGGAAAGUAAAGGAAUAAGAGAAGGGCUGCCCCAUAGGCUGAGCAGCGGCCUGGGCUGCUCCACCGAGAACACUUAUUGUUGUUUCUUGAUAUGUACUAAGCAUGGUGUGGAUUAUUCCGGACUUUUCCGGGAAAGGGGCAGGGAAUUCCCAGAAGUGAGGGUUCUCCCCCUUUUAGACCAUCUAGGGUAACUUCCCAGCGUUGCCAUGGCAACUGUAAACGGUCCUGGUGCUGGUGGGCAUGUCUCAUGCUAAUGUAUUAUAAUCAGCACAUAAUGUGGAGUGAGGACUGGCUGUCUUGGUUUUGGUGGUUUGGGGCCGGCUUCUUCACAGCAUCCUGUUUUAUCAGCGGGGUCUUUGUGAGCUGUAUCUUGUGCUGAUCUCAUCUUGUGACUAAGAAUGCCUGACCUCCAGGGAAUGCGGCCCAGCCGGUCUCGGCCUCGUUUUACUCAGCCCCUGUUCAAGAUGGAGUCGCUCUGGUUCGAAUGUCUCUGCAGAACCACUCCAGGUUCUUUGGAUUCAUGGCAAAGGGGCUUCGGCCUCUGCCCCUCCGUACCCCACUGUGUGUGGGUCCUACAAGCAUUGCAGAGGCAGCUGUGGCUGCCCCCACUACGGUGGAACCCGGGAGGCGGGAGUCUUGGGAGGGGCCUCCUGGAGGUCCAUUCUAGCCUCUGUACCUCUGGGAAGCUGGCGUGAGGUAGUUUCUGUGGCUCCCUGGCCCUGAUGAGUACAGGACUUUCCACCCGGCCCCCAGAGCUCCUCGCUUCUUUCCUGAUCAGCCUUACAGAGCUUUCCUUCUAGAAGAGGAAGGCAGACAUUUAAAUGAACACAUAGAUACUUUCCUGUAGUGAUACAUGCUAAGAACAAACUAAAACAGGGUUAGAGUCGCACGUUGCCUCAGAUCCAUCUGUGGUCAGGAUCUGGGAAGGUGACGGAUGGAGUAGCCUGAUGAGGUUUGCGGGGCAGGGUCUGUGUGGCUUGGGGUGCGGUGGGAUGGGGCCCCUGGUCCCUUGCCUGGAGACCCUUUGGGCCCUUGGAGAGGCAGUCCUCUAGGGAGUGGGGGAGGCCAGGCCAGGGCCCUCAGGAGACCCUGUCCUUGGGGACCUGGGAGGCUGAAGGAGGCUGGGGUGGGAAUGGGCAGCCCCCAUCACCUUUCCCGUGCAGCCGCUGGAGGGGCCGGGCUGCUGCAGCCACCCCAGAAAGCCAGGCUCCCUUCUCCUGCCUGGCGCCAGGUACUGGGAGACAGGAAGAUGCCCUCAGCACCAGCCCCACCCACCCUGCCCCAGGCCCUCAGGAUCCCGCUGCCCCAGGCCUUGCUGGGGCAGAGCUGCUUUUCCAGAUGCAGACACACCCUAGCAGGGAUUCUCCCCACACUCCCCCCCGCCCCCCGACCCAUGCCCCCACCUGCCCAGGCAUCUGUCCCUUCCCUGGCUCCAGACUUGCCCCAGCCGGUCCCCAAAGGGUUUUCGUCCCUACCAUGCCAGCGCCACCCUCUUCUCCAGGCCACCUGCCUGGAGUCCUUGGUGAAUCUUUUGUCCUGUCCAGCAUUUACAGAAAGGAAGGCCAGAACCUCGCCCUGCUCUCCUCCCCAGCCUGGAAUCGGGAGGAGGGGCGGGCACCCACCCCUGGGUGGGCUUAGCAUGGACAGAAGUGGGUGAGGGGGCUGCCUGACGGUGGGCCCCCUGGAGAGGCCUGUGAGGUCUUCCAGGGGCACAUCGGGGCACAUCCAAGGCUGUGCUUCCUGGGGGAGGUGGCAUCUGAACAACUUUUGUCCACAAGCAUGUUCCUGCUUGUCCUCCCCAACCGCCCUGGCCUUUAUUCCCCAGGAGGGCAGCCGAGCUGGGGCCCUGGCAGCCAGCAGGGGAGGGAGUAUGUUGGACAGGGGCUGUGCCCGAAGGCAGGGCCUUCCUAAGUGGCUGAGUAAACAGCGUCAGGUGGCCUUAGCCUGGCCCAGGAGACCAGCUGUGUUCUCCCACCCCCUGCAAGGCUGAAGCUGCCACCUUUCAGCUUUUCAGCAGCAGAUGCUCCACCCCAAAGCCUGCAGAAGGGAUUCUGUGAAGAGGGUCACCAGGCUUAGCCUCGGCCAGAACCCGUCUGCAGAGGACCCCCAGCCAGAGCAGAAAGCUCCUGAGCCAGCUCCCUUGGGUAAUGGAGCCAAGCCCCUCUGAAGGCUAAGUGGUAACUGGAAUGGGGGGCUCCAGGUUGGCCUGGGACACUGGGCUGGGGGCAGGCCAGAGGCCUCCACAGUAGAUGUAGGAGCCCUGCUCCCCCAGAUGGACUCCCAGAGGCCUGAGCCCAGAGAAGAGGAGGAGGAACAGGAGCUGCGGUGGAUGGAGCUGGACUCUGAAGAAGCCCUGGGAACCAGGACAGAGGGGCCUAGUGUCUUCCAGGGCUGGGGGCACCUGCUCCAGGCCGUGUGGAGGGGCCCUGCAGGCCUGGUGAUGCAGCUGCUGCGGCAAGGGGCCAGCGUGGAGGAGAGGGACCACGCAGGCCGGACCCCGCUCCACCUGGCCGUGCUGCGGGGCCACGCGCCCCUGGUACGUCUCCUGCUGCAGCGAGGGGCCCCGGUGGGCGCGGUGGACCGGGCGGGGCGCACCGCGCUGCACGAGGCCGCCUGGCACGGGCACUCGCGGGUGGCCGAGCUGCUGCUGCAGCGCGGGGCCUCGGCGGCAGCGCGCUCCGGGACGGGCCUCACGCCGCUGCACUGGGCCGCUGCGCUGGGCCACACGCUGCUGGUCGCGCGCCUGCUGGAGGCUCCGGGCCCGAGACCGGCGGAGGCGGAGGACGCGCGCGGCUGGACGGCGGCGCACUGGGCGGCCGCGGGCGGGCGGCUGGCGGUGCUGGAGCUGCUGGCGGCCAGCGGCGCGGGCCUGGACGGUGCCCUGCUCGUGGCUGCCGCUGCGGGGCGCGGGGCGGCGCUGCGCUUCCUCCUGGCGCGCGGGGCGCGGGUGGACGCCCGGGAUGGCACGGGGGCCACAGCGCUGGGUCUGGCGGCCGCCCUAGGCCGCUCCCAGGACAUUGAGGUGCUGCUGGGCCACGGGGCAGACCCAGGCAUCAGGGACAGGCAUGGCCGCUCUGCUCUGCACAGGGCUGCUGCCCGGGGACACCUGCCCACCGUCCAGCUGCUGGUCACCCAGGGGGCCAAGGUGGAUGCGCAGGACACCCUGGGCCUCACACCCCUGCACCAUGCCUCUCGGGAAGGCCACGUGGAGGUUGCCGGCUGUCUCCUGGACAGGGGUGCCCAGGUGGAUGCUAUCGGCUGGCUCCGAAAGACCCCCCUACACCUGGCUGCAGAGCGAGGUCAUGGCCCUACCGUGGGGCUUCUGCUGAGCCGAGGGGCCAGCCCCACCCUGCGGACACAGUGGGCCGAGGUGGCCCAGAUGCCUGAGGGGGACCUGCCCCAGGCGCUGCCUGAACGUGGAGGGGGGCAGAAGGAGUGUGAGGGCACAGAGUCCACGGCUGAGCCAGACAGCAGGCUCCAGGCUCCACCGCCCCAGCGAUUUCCAGGCUCUCUGGCUGAGGCUGCCUGCCUGGAGGGGACAUCAGGGGAGAGGCUUCCGGAGGAGGGGGUUGGAGAAAGCAGGAGAUGUGGCUUGAGCCGAAGUCACAGGCCUUGGCUGGACCAGGGAUGGCCCCCAGCUCCCAGGAGGGCCCACCGACCCUGCAGCUCCAGCCUUCUCCGUACCCCAGCAAAGAAUGAGUUGUGGUAAUGAGGGAAGAGAGAGACCUUCUCAUAUUGUUUUAUACUCAGUACCUGUUUUAAGAAAAAAUAACAAGGAAGUAAAACCAAGGACAGGCAGCCCGGUGCCAGGCCCGAAACCAGGCCUGGGCCUGCCUGGCCUAAACCCAGCGGUUAAAAAUCAAUUCAUAACUUAGAAACUGAUGUUAUUCAUAGAUUCCAGACACUGUAUAGAAGAACACUGUGAAACACCCUGCCGUCUUCUGUUGCUCUCUGACCACCGGUGCAUGCAGCCCCUGUCAUGUACCGCCUGCUUGCUCGAAUCAAUCACGACCCUUUCAUGUGAAAUCUUUAGUGUUGUGAGCCCUUAAAAGGGACAGAAAUUGUGCACUCGGGGAGCUUGGAUUUUAAGGCAGUAGCUUGCCGAUGCUCCCAGCUGAAUAAAGCCCUUCCUUCUACAACUC